AUGUCAAGCGAUCGCUCAUCACGAGUGAAUCGGAAGGCGGCCAAGAUGUGGCAGUCCGCGUGCCUAAAGAUGUACGACCUCAGUGAUGAGUUUGGCUCCGAGCACGAGAAGAAGGCAGCCCGCGAACGGUCCAUUGACGAUAUCACGUCCAUGGUAUUUAAAGCACUGGAGAUUGAGGUCAAUGAUCAAGCACACCAAACGAAACUACGGGGAUCAAUCAGUCUCGCAGUAGACAUUGGCAAAACACUCGGCCAGUCGCUAUCCGGUCUGGUUCCCAUGAACAAAGGCUGGCUUCAGGAACAUGUCGAUGGCAAUGGAUAUAUUUCAGCGUCUACCUUGGGGUCUCGCAUUGAACCAAGAUACCUUCCUGGUGAAGGCAAAACAAUCGCCAAAGGCCAGGUGGCACUUGUGCUAUUUCCUGGACUGUUGAAGUAUGGCAGUGAUGAUGGAGAACACUGGGACAGUUGGACGGUCUGGACUCCAGCCAAGAUCCAUUUAAUGCACGAGCAGAUCGAGGAUAUCCCCCAGGAGGCUCCUGAUCAGCAUAACUAUCAGCCACCAGCAAAGAUUGCUCGUAGCGAUCAUGGAAUGGAACGGAAUGGAGGCAAAGACAUCGGCCCGAAGUCAAAGCGAGAGUGGUCGAUCACGCAGUCAAAUCGCAAAGAAUCCCGCACGUGGAAUACACCACCUUCGGGCCACAACUAUACUCCUUUUUCUUAG